AUGAACGCAGAUCAGAGCCACGGGACUACGACCCCAAGUGAGCGUGAUCUAUGGGCCCACCUGACUGAAAACUGCUUCUGCCGCCACAUUUCCCCAAAAAUUAGGAGAGUGAGUGGCGUCGGGAGAGUUUUGCUGAAUGUGUGUGUGAAACCUUUUCUACAGGAGACGUUAGAAAAGCAUCAGGAGUCGUUACAGAAACAAAGAGACGCGGUGAAGUACAGACUGAAGAAACUUUCAGCGCGGCAGUCAGAGAUCACAAGAAAGUCCUCAGCAAUCCGGGAGAGCAUCGUGCAGAAAUACCAGGAGAUCCAGGCGGUCCUGGAGCAGGACUUGAGGCUCACCUUGGCACACCUGGAGAUGGAGGAGCGGGCGGCGGUCUCAGCUCUGGACGCGCUGAUGGAGAAAAACUGUUCUCUGAUUCAGGAGAUCGAGCAGGACCUCACCAGACUCUCUGUGGUCCUGGACCAGACCGACACUGAUCCGGAGACUUUGUCUUUCUUCUCGUUUCCUGAGCAUCACGAUGUGGACACAGCAGAAAGGGUGCUGGAUCUGUUGAACAGGACCGACCCGUGCAGCGUGAGUCUGGAUGACGUCAAAGCAGAGCAAAUCCUGAACCUGACUGACAACCUGCUGCUGCUCGUCCGCUCACAGACGCCGAUCAUCAAAAAGCUCAUCAGGAGCUAUUCCAGUGAGGUGAGUCUGGAUCCAGAGACGGCCCACCCAAAGCUCAUCAUCUCCCCGCAAGGAGACAGCGCCACCUACAGUGACACCUGGCAGCAGCUUCCUGACCCGCCUGUUCGCUUCGACACCACCCUCAACGUCCUCAGCGUGCAGGGCUUCAGCUUCGGACGCCAUUACUGGGAGAUCGAUGUGACCGGGAAGACCUACUGGGAGCUGGGGGUCACCUACCCCACCAUCCCCCGUAAAGGCCCCUCUGAGGACUGCUGGCUGGGGCGCCGGGGUGAGUCCUGGUGUGUGGAGUUCUUCGAUGGGGAGUACACGGCCUGGCACGGGGGGGUGCCCCAUCAGCUGCCUUUCACAAACUGCAUCUGCAGAGUGGGCGUUCUGUGCAGCUUCCCUGCAGGACUGGUGACAUUUGUCGAGGCAGAAAACAUGACGCAGCUGUUCUCCUUCUGUGCCGGAACCUUCUCAGACAGCCUCCACCUGGCCCUGUGUCCUGGCCACGACCACAAUGGCACCAACGCCAAUCCCAUUGUUAUCUGUAACGCUGCUUCACCUACCAGUGACCUCGGGUUAGAGUCUCUACAGAAAAGCUUUUAGUGUAUCCAAGAGGCUUCUUUCUAAUAACAAUCUACCAUGAUCUUGAGUAUCCUUGAGUCUGAUUGGCUGCUGGGUUUGCGUUACUUCCUAAUAAUGGACUGUUUCUAAGUGAACUGUUAUUUCUUCAUUAAUGCUCUACUACGGAGCUCCUUAAGCACGGCGUACAUUACGAUUGUAGAAAAGUCGUGGUAGAAUGUCAGCUCACACUGUUCGACUGAAUUGUUUACGACGCACCACCAAAGGUCAAGAUUGUGCUCACACUGUACGACCUGACCUGACUGCACAAACUCACACUGUUCAGGGUUAAUCGGGACGGAGCAUUCACAAAGUCAAUAAAGUUUCAUUUGAAAACUCCCACUGACAAAAGUUGGAGUGAGAUCUCUGUGUUGAAGUUGUCACCCUAAAACCCACCUGUUGGGGCGCCGGUAGCCUAGUGGUUGGUGCGUAUGCCCCAUGUAUACAGCCUAGGCCUCUAAACGGGCCGUCUGGGUUCAAAUGCUCUCACACUUAGCAUCACCAACAACAAGCUAACAAGCAGCAAAAUCAUAAACAAAUAAGAAGAUACAUUAAACGGGUACACAUGCUGAUGACAUGUCGGGGAAUCGUCCAGCAGCUCUGCUCUCACUGUGCGAGUGUGUGCAGUUGUACGACCAAAAUAUCAAACAACAAAGAAAAUAAUCCAACCUGUCAGGAUCAGCUGACCUGAGCUGUGAUCGGCCGCCAUGCCUCAGUGUUCACUGUGCGACUAAUGACGAGAAAUCGGCCUGAAAUUCUGUCAUGAUUUUAAAUACGACUCAAAAGAUGGGUCUUAUAUUGGGCUGAUAUCAGUGUGUGAAUGGAUUAUUAUGUACGUCACUUUGAAUAAAAGCCUCUGCUAAGUGAAUUGUAACAUUGUAAGACAUUUUCUUGUGAGCAGGAGUAAACUUCUGAAACACAACAGAAGCGUUUCUUUUUUCAGUCCAUGUCCCUAAAAGAGCUCCGUACUCGAAACAGUCUGAAUCUAAAACCAGAGCAUUGAGGACGCAGUCAAAUCCUCCUCAUGCAAUUUCUAAAAACUAUAAUCUUAUUAAAACAAUGAGUGAGUUGAACCUUUCCAAAGAGAGAGAGAGACUGAGAGACAAAAGCUCUUGUUAGCUCUUCAGAGCGGUCACCAAUACCUGCCCUCUCUCAAGGUCAAACUCAAAAGCGUAUGGUGCUGAAUGAUAUUUAUGUACAAACAUGUCCAUGAAGUUGUCCUGCUCUGUGAAGUUCACUUUUGAUUUGUGUAUGUUUGUGGAGAGAAAAAUGUCCGCCCCUCCACUCUCUGCUGCUCGGAUAUUUAUGUGAAGUCUUGACUGACGUGUCAAAAGUUUCACCGUUUAUUAAAGUUAAAAACUCUCUCAUGGACUCUGUUGGAGCCGCUAUUAAAUGAUUGUUCUGCACAAUGUGACUCAUCAGAGUA